UGGUGUCGCUAGCUGCGCGGCGCGCUAGCACAUGGCGGCAGCAAGCGAUCGCAGGGCGUGUGGCUGCAAAAUACGAAGAAUUUCCUGAGGCUGCGUUCGCCCGAAGAGCCAGUACCAUGGCAGCCCAAGCUGUUCCAAAGGUUCGUAUUCAGCUGCUGCUGAAGGGUUGUGCGAAUCGACCCUUCUACCACCUCGUGGCAGCACGGCUGCGGCGACGGCCUCGUGAUGAGGACACCAUCGAACAGAUUGGUUCCUUCGACCCGAUGCCCAACGAGCGUAACGAGAAGUUAGUGGCCAUCAACUUUGACCGUCUCGGCUAUUGGUUUGGGCAGGGAGCAAAGACGAGCCCGGGAGCGGGCAUGCUCCUAGGUUUGGCAGGGUACACAAGUGUGCAUCCGAAAAUCUACAUGAAGGCGUGGAGGAACCGGCGUGCAGCCAUUGCAGAGGAGGAGAAGGCAGCGAAGGAAGCCACUGAAGGAAAGGAUGAGGCACACAAGGCUGAGAGCUAGGAUUGAGCUGUGCAUUUGUUCUUUUGUGUCCUGCACGAUGGCAUCAAAAUCGGCAAGCUAGAUAAAGGAAGAAUAAUGCUGAACUGUGCUUGAGGUGCACCGGGACAAAAUUUUUAAGUCGCAGUCUAUGUGUUAUACCUAGGUCUGUUAAAAUGUGUGAGUGACUGUGUGGUCGUAUGUUUACCUGAACUAGACAGAAAGCAGUUGUGGAUGAAAAAAAAUAAAUUUGACAAAAUUACUGAUGGUUC